CAUAUUUCCACAAGCAUAUACAUCCAGACGAUGAGAAGGCUGCGUCAGAAUUGCACAUGAAAUACUUGACGGAGUUUGGUCUUGCUGUGCGGGGAUUGUCAAGACAUCAUGGCAUUGAUCCCCUGGAUUUCGAUAAGCAAUGUGAUAGCGCACUGCCUCUGGACAACCUCUUACGGCCGGACCCAAUGGUCAAGGCUCUCUUUCGCGACAUAGAUAGAGACAAGGUAAAUGUCUGGUCCUUGACGAAUGCGUACAAGAAUCACGCUUUUAGAGUUCUUCAAAUUCUAGAGCUCGAAGACGAGAUGGACGGUGUAGUCUUCUGUGACUAUGGGGUCCCAAACUUUUCAUGCAAACCAGAAGCCCAAUUUUACGAGCUGGCACUAAUGCAGGCCGGCGUACGGGACUCUUCUCGUUGUUUUUUCAUUGAUGACAGCCUUGCCAACGUCCAAGCCGCGAAGAAACUUGGUUGGGGAUCUUGUGUAUAUUUCUGUGAGAAAGAUGCAUCGAGCUCUGCAGAGUUGAGCCCAGGUACGACCGGCGGGGUAGAUCAUGUCAUCUCCGAUCUGGGGGAGCUUCGUCGGGUAUGGCCAGAGAUCUUCCGGAGGACACCGACGGAUUUAAGCACCUCCCAGUGUGCCAGCCCACCAUAGCGCAUCAUCUCAUUAUUCCGGUAUGCCUUCCCUGUGUAGUAAAGUGGGUAUUGAACUUGGAGGGAUCAAUCCAACCUCAGUUACGACGGCUGAUAUCAUGGACGCCGGCGUCAAAUCGUAAAGUGGAUUUAACGACUGCAAGUAAGGCCGAGG